UUCUAUUCCUGGAGCGGGUUGACUCCUCGCUCGGCUCCUACGGGAGGUGCUAUGCCCUGGCUAGCAAACAGUCGAGCGGAGUCGAGCGGAGUCGUGUCGAGUGUCUUGAAACGUGAUUUUAUGUGGCGUGUGAAAGCUGUGCGCGCGUGCCGUUGAAUAUUAAAUCGAGAAAAAAGAAAAGAAAAAGAAAAAACACUAGCCCAUUCAUCGGAAGAAAAGGAAACUCUGUCGAUCAUUUCCCUUCGAUUUUCUUACUUGCCGAUUUCUUUCUUCUUUUUCCACUUUUUCUCUCGUCCCUCACAUUGUCGAAGUAUUUUAUCGAUCAACGCGUGACAGUGCUUGGAAAAUUUUGUUUCAUGCAUUUGUUGAUUUCUCUCGGCGAGAACGAGUUACGGGGAGUUAUGGAACUAGGCGAGAAAGUUUCGGUACAUGUUGGCCGAGCUCGAGUAAUAAGUUGUGUUGUGGAUAUGGAAUGAAAAGUUAGAUUUUUUUUAAACGAAUUUUGUGAGUAUAUAGGAUGAUUUUUCUUUGGCGCAAUUUAAUUUGUUGUAUCUUCUCGAUUUUUUAAAAGUAUAAACACAGCAAAAUAAUUUUGUUUUAAAAUUGAUUAUACAGGAAUUAAAUUAAUAAUGAAUAAUAAAAUUGUAAAGAUUAUUUAUGUAUCGAGAUAUUAACUUUACCUUAAAGAUAUUUUCCGCCAAGAAAAGAAAAGAAAUUAGUUACAGGCUCUAUUACAAGUUUCAUCGAAAUCACAAUUUUUAGGUUAGGUGAAUUUCUUUCUAUGACAAUGUAUUUUGUUGUUCGAGGUAAUUUGAAUCAUCCAUUGAUGAUUUACGUUAAAAAGAUCGGUGUUUGAGAAUCGCACUGUCUUUGCCGGUUUCUCGGUGGCGCGUCGGUGAAAAUUUUUCAAUUACCCCGACUAUUUUCGGGCUUGAGCUCAGUACGAUAUAUUUAUUAGCGUCGCGACACCACGCGCGCGAAAUCGAUCGUGUUUGACGUUCGUUUAUCGGCGUUCGAUAGAUCGGGAGUGUUAGGUGGUGAAUCCGUUUCAGAAUAAAGAGUAAAUUUUUCCUAGUGAGAAUCGAUGAUGUAUCGAAUAACUUUUGGAUAAUUCAAAAAAAACUGCGAAUUAAAUUAAAGUGUAAAAUUUUCGAGACAAGUGCUUUCGAAAAUUAAUUUUUGUUAAUGAAAAUGCACAUUGAAAAUGAAUAUUUUUUGAAUAGUCGUCUAAAGAUGCGAAUUUCGAUUCAGAGUAAAUUUUCUUGAAUUCCCGAGAAUAUUUUCCGUGGAGGGCAUUGCAUUUGAUCGAAAUUAUCUUUUUUGAGGAUCAGAAAUACGCGAGAAAGGAAAUUAAUAUAUUCAAAAAUACUUUUUUCACAAUUUUAAUACUUCGAUAAUAAAAAUAUAUUCUCUUGAAUCUUCAUCAAUCUGUAUAAAUUUUAUCCGAUUCAUAAUAUAUGCACAAUUCAGAAUAUAAUUUAGAUAAUGAAGAAAAUAGAUUCUUAAUGAUUCUUUGAUUUUUUUACGAGAAAUUUCUUUUUUUUUUCGUCAAGGAAAUAAAUAAAAAAAAUUAAAUCGAAUUUUUAUACGAAAAAUAUAGAUCGACGUGAUUAUCUGUUUCUCAAUUGACAAUUAAUUUCCUAUAUUUUAUAUUUUUCUUUGUAUAUCACAUUUAAUUAAAAAUCGUUUAAAAAAAAAAACUCGAUGAUUCCAUUUCCCAAAUUUUAUUGAUCGUAAUUCAUUUGUGUACGUGGAUUGCGCGGCAAACAAAUCGAUUUUGUGCAAUGAAAGGAAUCAUAUGUUUUUUGUUUGGCAAGUGUUGAGUUUGGUAUUCGACGCGUGUCCGUGUCGACUCAUUCUUCGAACGUUUUAUGCGCCUUCUUGACCGUUCUCAAUUAGCUUCGGAUUUCCCGAGAAAUUUGAAAGAAGGAGACAUUGUGAAAAAAAAAAAAAAAAUAAUGGUAUAUAAUAAAUUCGUUUCGUAAUAUUCGAUGUAUUACGAAAAAUUUUAUUUAUUCGACGAGGAAAGACUCGGUUCGAAGUUAAGUUUAAUUCAAGUGAGAGUUUUUUUAUUAGAUUUUCUUUACAUUUAUCGAGAGCGUGAUUCGUUACAAAAAUUUUAAUGGUGAAUGAGAAACAUAUUUACAUGGUGACCACUAAAUCUAGGAAUGUUGCAAGUGCAGUGCAAAUUUUCUUUAAAUGGAUAUUUCUGUGUUAAAAUCCAUGAGUGAUUUGAUCUUAACUGCCAUUUACCAAUAAAUAAAGGGAUAAUAAACGAAAUAAAUUUUCAAUAAAUGAAACAAUGAAUGUUCAAAAAAAAAUAUAAUUUUUUAUAAUCUCGCAUCUCUUCAUCGAUCGAUUGAAAAGAAGAUAUUUCUUCGAUAUAAUAAGGAAAAACAUAUCGAAAACAUGAAUUUAUCCGACGAAUAUUCGAAAAUAUCCAACAGAGCACAUAUUUGGACAUCCAUCUCCUGGGACACUUAAAUCGAAGAAAAUUCGCGAAUCAAAAGCAAAACAUUGGUGGGAAAAUGAUAUAAAUUAAAGAAGAAUGAGUGAAAAGAAAUUAACGACGACAAAGGAUCCGACCGAUUUAAAGGAUCCCACGUCGGCGAUCUCUUUCGAGGAAAACGAAUUGCAAGAAUUUCUUCCUUUUCCAUCAAACAUUCAUCUCUGUCAACGUUGGAUCAACUUCAAACGAGUAACGAAUCAAAUUUUUAUCAAACCUUAAGACGAACAUAACCUCUUAACAAAUACGCCUCGUCUUUUAAGUUAACCUGGAAAUCUGGAUCAAAGAGAUCGAAAGAUGUAAAAAGUAUUAAAAAGAUCGACGAACGAUGUUUGGAAUCGUCGGUGAUUCAAUGAUACACCGUUUCGUCGUGUAACAAAAAAAGAGAGAGAAAGAGAGAGAAAACGAAGAAACUUAACCGUUUCUUCAAAUAUCCAAGAUGCUGGACAUAUUCCGGGGCCUGAAGAGCCUGAUCAAGAUCUCCCAUGUGCACAUCGAUACAGCUGUAUUUCGAUUGCAUUACAGUUUUACCGUGAUCCUCUUGAUCUCAUUUUCGUUGAUCGUUACUACGAGACAAUACGUCGGCAAUCCAAUCGAUUGUAUCCACAGUAAGGAUUUACCGGAGGACGUGCUGAAUACGUAUUGCUGGAUCCAUAGUACGUACACGAUCACAGCGGCUUAUAGGAAACGGGAAGGAUUCGAGGUACCGUUCCCUGGGGUGGAUAAUUCCAAAUCGCAUCCAGAGGCGGAGAGGAAGGAGUACAGGUACUAUCAAUGGGUCUGCUUCAUGCUGUUUCUCCAGGCAAUCCUCUUCUAUACGCCUCGAUGGCUGUGGAAAGGCUGGGAGGGUGGCAAGAUUCAUGCGUUGAUGAUGGAUCUCGACAUCGGCCUUUGUUCCGAAGUCGAGAAGAAGCAGAAGAAGAAGAUGUUACUCGACUAUUUAUGGGAAAAUCUUCGGUUUCACAAUUGGUGGGCUUACAGGUACUACCUCUGUGAAGUUCUCGCUCUGCUGAAUGUGGUCGGUCAGAUGUUUCUAAUGAACCGGUUCUUCGAUGGUGCGUUUCUGACGUUUGGUAUCGACGUGCUCAGGUUUCUCGAAUCGGAUCAAGAAGACCGGGUCGAUCCUAUGAUUUAUGUGUUCCCGCGGAUGACCAAAUGCACCUUCUACAAAUAUGGCGUAAGCGGUGAAGUCGAAAGGCAUGACGCCGUUUGCAUACUGCCCUUGAACGUUGUCAACGAGAAAAUAUAUGUUUUUCUAUGGUUUUGGUUCCUCUUUCUCGGCGUGCUUAGUUUCAUCACGGUUUUAUAUAGGAUCGUAAUUAUAUUUUCGCCACGAACGAGGGUAUACCUUCUACGAUUACGAUUUCGUUUAGUCAGAAAAGAGGCCGUUGAAACGAUAGUUCGGCGGAGCAAGGUCGGUGAUUGGUUUCUUCUCUACAUGCUCGGCGAGAAUUUAGACACGGUGAUAUACAGGGAUGUGAUGCACGAGCUCGCGAAUAAGCUUGCCUCAAGACACCAUCACAGUGUGCCCGGGAUCAAAGGAGAACUACAGGAAGCCUGAUCGAAAUUGCCUCGGAGAGCCAUGGAAACGAACACGAUUGUUGAGGCGACGAGAAUAUUUUUCACUGAAAAACAAAAGUGCAAAGGAUGCCAAAGGUGGAGAUUCAAGGACAUGCGACGAAAUAGAACGGAUCGUUUUAUAUCCGCUACUGGAAUCGCGUGUUUUCCUUCCUUGUAUCUUCGAUACGGUUCGAGUGUUAUUUGUGAAUUAUUUUUAUGAACGUUGCGCAUGCCAACGAAAGAAAUUUGUAUUAAUCGUGCUCGCGUAAAAGACAAAUUGCCAGCGUGCCUUACGAUGAUUUUAAAUUUUUCAAGCAUUUACCAUGUGUCACACUCGAAUUUUAUAAAUUGAAAGAAUAGAAUGAUAAAAAAGAAAAAUCGACGAAAUUAUAAUGAUAUUAUAUUUGAGAUUGAGAAAGAGAUAUAGAUUUAAAGAUAGAGUUUCAUGGACCAUUUUUACAAUCGACCAACCAAUUAAAAAAUUAGUUUCUUACAAUGAAAUAAGAAUAUAAGACGAGAAAAUGGUUUUUUAUUGAAAUUCCUAGUAUCUUGUUAGAAAUGAAAAUAAAAGUGUAUAUUCCUUUCACCUAAAGUGUUCUACCUCGUAAGUACAGUUACGUUGAAAGCCGGCAGGUUGGAACUCCGCCAUUUUCUCAUGAAACACGUGUUACGUAUUAGGUUAUUAUAGAUAAUGUGAUCAAAUUUUUGCAAUAAAAUAUAAAAUGAUUGAAAUUUUACUGAAAA